CUAUCUAUCUCGUUGGAGACGUGGAUGAGAAUAUAGAGAGAAUCAUCAUCAAUCCCCAUCUCUUUUCAAAACUCGAUUCUUCCACCAUAUUUUCAGCUCAGCUAACACUUUCCAAAACUAGAACUCUCUUUAUUAGCCUCUUCUCUUCUCUUCUCUUCUUUUGCAUCUCUUCUGAGUCAUCUUCUUGCUUUGUUUGCAUGUUAUAUUCCUCUUCUUGAUAACCCAUCACCAUUUCUGCAGCCCUAUCAUAUCAGCACACACAUUCCCCUCUGAGGAAAUAAGAGAGAACCUAUUUAUUACUCUUCUUUUUCGUCUUCGUCUUCUUCUUGCUUUUAUUGCCCACUUCUGCAGCUAAAACUCCCUUACUGUAUACGUUUUCAUUGAGAGAGAGACAAAAGAAUUUAGUACCCUGUUUCUUGUUUAAGAUUUUAGCUGCAUCUAUAUCAAAAUGUGGAUGAUGGGUUACAGCGAUGGUGGUGAGUUCAACGUGCCAGAUUCCUUCAAUGGGAGAAAGCUUAGGCCACUCAUUCCAAGGAAUCCACCACUGCCUCCUUCUCCAAACAAUACCUCAAAUUCUAGCCCUCCUACACUUAGUCUUCUCCAUGGCAAUGAAUUCUUCUCACUAAAUCACCAUCUGGCAUCUAUGGCUGAUCAAAGCAAAAGAGAUUUCCAUACACAACCAGUUGUAGUGAGCUCGAGAUGGAAUCCAACACCAGAACAGUUAAGGACACUGGAAGAGCUAUAUCGAAGGGGAACAAGAACUCCAUCAGCAGAACAAAUUCAACACAUCACAGCACAGCUUCGAAGAUAUGGAAAGAUUGAAGGGAAGAAUGUGUUCUACUGGUUUCAAAAUCACAAAGCAAGAGAACGGCAAAAGCGACGUCGUCAAAUGGAAUCUACAGCUCCUGAUCAUCAUCACGAGCAGCAGCAGAACCGUGAAAUAGAAAUCCAUGGGAAGAAAGAAUCAGGAACAAAUAGGACAGUUUAUGAAGGUGAACAGACCAAGAACUGGGCUCCCUCUACAAACUGCAGUGCACUACCAGAGGAAGCAAUGUCAAUGCAAAUUAGGGCAGCAAAAGGACUAGUGACAGAAUGUAAAGGAGAAGAAUGGAACCAAUUUGAUGAAGUAGAAUUACAGCGAAGGAGAAGCUUUAUGGAAAGGAAUGCCACGUGGCAGAUGAUGCAGUUGUCUUCCACCUACCUCAUAAACACCAGUUGCUCUAGUACUACAACAACAACAAGUAGAAUCCUAGCAGAAGCUGAAGCAGAAGCAACAGCAUCAACGCCUACAGUAUUAGCAGCUGGAGGAUCAAUAAGAAGAUCAAUGGAUCCAAACAAGCAGCUCAUCAAGACCCAUAAUGAUCUUAAUAUCUUCAUAGCUCCUUACAGAGAAAAUAGCAUUGGGCAUGGCCUUAUUAACCACUUCAUCAGCAAUGAAGAAGAUCAUAAUGGGUGUGGGGAUUCUCAUCAAACACUUCAACUCUUUCCUCUUUGUAGUAGUGGUGGUGGUGAGAGCAUUAAUGACAAAGAGACAGAGAAUUCAUCAGCUUCUGUUGCUGCAGCUAUGAAUGCCAACUUCACUACUACUCACCAGUUUUUUGAGUUCCUUCCAUUGAAGAACUAAUUACUUAUCCACCAAGUUUUUUUCUUUUUUCUUUUUCUGCAUUCUUCUUUAUUAGAAUUUUGCUAUGUAUGUAAAAUGAUGGGUUGGGUAGGGUUAUGGAUUUUUGUAUUUUUGUUGGAAAUUGGAAACUGCUUUUUUUUUUUUUCUUUUUUCUUGAAGAUGAUGUUUACAUUUCAUGGAAUUGGUGGAAUGGUCUGUGUGGGGUUAUGAAAGAAGGGAUUGCCCUAAAAUGCAUUUGGACCAUGUUGGUUGAAUCAAUUAAGAAACUACAUUUAAGAGGGGAUU